UCUAUCCCGGAAGUUGAUGCCGAGCGCCAGAUCGCGUGCUGCUCGCCAGGAGUGUCGUCUGAGAGGUCUGGACCAGCUGGACUUGCGAAAGCAUCAAGAUGCCUUUGGCUAGAGAUUUGCUACAUCCAUCCUUGGAAGAGGAAAAGAAAAAACAUAAAAAGAAACGGCUAGUUCAAAGUCCAAACUCUUAUUUUAUGGAUGUAAAAUGUCCAGGUUGCUACAAGAUUACCACAGUUUUCAGCCAUGCUCAAACAGUGGUUCUUUGUGUAGGUUGUUCAACAGUGUUGUGCCAGCCUACAGGAGGAAAGGCCAGACUCACAGAAGGGUGUUCAUUUAGAAGAAAGCAACACUAAUGAUCUACACAACUUCCUGAAUUUGUGUUAUCUCACAGAAAGCCUUAUCAUAAGUUCAGUAAUUCUAGUUAAUCUACCAAAAUAAUUACAUUUGAUUUUGUAAAGUAUAUAACAGUGAUCUCCUAUUUUGGUGUCAGUUUUUCAAUAAAGUUUUGAUUAUGGG